UCGCCAUAUAAGAAGAAUGGAAAAAGAUAUAGUGGUGUAUUAACUAUAAAGAAACUUCUGACCUGAAUAUUAAUGUGUUACCAUGGCAACAUGUUCAACUUAUCAAACGCUAGAUACAGAGUCCAGUGCAGAUUCCACAGAAUGGUGUCCCCAUAGCAACCAUCAUGAUAUAUUGUUGUGUGGUACAUAUCAACUGGAUACUUCUAGUUCUAAGUCUGACACACAGGCAUCAGAUGAUAGCACUGCUCUACAGCGACGACAGACCAGACAUGGAAGAUUAUAUGUUCACAGACUGACCAGUGGUCAGGAACUGACCACAGAGACUACACUGGACAUGCCAGGGAUUCUGGACAUAAAGUGGUGUCCUACAUCAACUCCAGAUGGAUCUCUAAUGGCACUAGUUAACUCAGUCGGUCAGUUACGACUCUAUAGGAUGACCACAAGCGACACUGACACUUCAGGCCGAAAAGUUGACUUAUCAGAGGUUAUAAACUUUGACCUUGGAGGUGAUUGUCUAGGAUUGUCACUUGAUUGGUCAAAUCGAGUUCACAAUGAAUCUGCUCACAUAUGUAGUUCCACAUCAACUGGUGAUAUCCAUGUACAUGCAGUGGAUGGUGGUAGCCUUCAGCCUUUGACAAGUUGGAAAGGUCAUGACUUUGAGGCUUGGAUUACUGCUUAUAAUUAUUGGGACACCAAUCUCAUUUACACAGGUGGCGAUGACAACAAGUUGAAGGGCUGGGAUAUGAGGAUGAAUCCCAGACAAGCAAUUUUUGUGAACAGGAGACAUACUAUGGGUGUCACCAGUAUCCAGUGCAGUCCAAUCAAGGAACAUCUACUCUGUACGGGCAGCUAUGAUGAAGAUUUGAUGUUGUGGGAUACUCGUAACAUGAGGUCCCCCGUAGUGACGACUCCUCUGGGUGGGGGAAUCUGGAGAAUCAAAUGGGAGCCAAUGCAUGGACAACACAUUCUCACUGCCACCAUGUAUAAUGGCUUCCAUAUUGUAGAUGCUAGCAACAUUACUGAGGAACCACUUCCUAUCCUGUGUCAUUAUGACAAACACACAUCCCUAGGUUACGGGGCAGACUGGUGCUUCAUGGAUCUCUCCUCACAGGCCUCUGGGAAGGGGAAGGAUAGAAUGGGCUCGCCAGUUCCCUUAGGGAAUACAAACAUUGUACAAGUACAAGAUAAAUUAAAUAUCCCAGUAAAUAAGAACUGCUUAAAAACUGUGGCGACGUGUUCAUUUUAUGAUCAUGUUCUUCAUCUGUGGCAAAUUAAUCUUCAUUUAACAUCAUGACAGGUUUUACAUGGAGGCUCUGUUUGACAUUAAAUACGAGAAAACACAAAGGUUUUUUGUCUUCAGUCUAUAUAUAUAUCCUGUACCAGGGUAAUUAGGUGAUGAACAGGAAAUGGUAGGAGUUUGAAUCCCCAGUCAGACAUGAAAAAUUAUACCCUGCCAAACUAUGUGUUGGUUUUGCCCAGGACCAUUUUUCCCUACCACAGUAAGACUCCUUAAGCACUGCUUCAUUUCAUCCUUGGCAAGAAAUGGGAUGGAUCCAUAGAAGUUUAUAUAACUUGUCUUGCAUUCAGUUCUUGUAAAAUAAACCUAAAAUUGCUAAUGUACUUUGGAACCAAUAAGAUUGACAAGUUAUAGUUAAAAAAAGAAGGAAAAACAUUAAAUGAGCAUAACAUGUUGCAUGAACAUCUCAAUGAAUUAGCUAGACUGUUACAUUUUGGUGAUGAUUCAGAAUAGCGACCUAAGAUUUCACCAAGUAUUGUCUAAUGCACAUUUGGUGAAUAGUUAAUAGCCCUUAGGGAGCCUAAUGUGGGAAUAGGACUAAUUUCAUUCUGCAAAGCUUUCUCUUUCUGCAAAUAUUGUAUCAUGAUGAGAAUUUUAGUGUCAGAAGCAUUAUUUAAGGAGUCACAAUUUUGUAUAGAUCGCAGAACUUCCAAGAUAGGCAGAAAAUAAAAUCUUUCUCACGUUUCAUUUUCAAUCACAUGGCAUGCCACGCUAAUCUGCAGUCGUCCACAUUCCACACCUCCAUCUUUAAACAGAUAAAAAGUUAUAGCUUCUGGACAAAUUUGGAGAUUGACACUUUCUGGAGUUUGGCUUUUGUGGUUGUUUGUAAUAUGGUACUCAAAUUCUAUUUGUACAGAAUUUUGGAUUUUGACAAUAUGGAGCUUGUUAUAAAUGAUUAUUUCUCACGUUGUUAAAGCUAUGUAUUAAAGUUGCCCUGAAAAUCAACGUAUGGAGACUUUUCAAAGAAUAAAUUGCCGAGCUGGGCCAUUUUUUAAUUUUGACAGUUAAAGUCUUAUAUUGAUACUAAAAUAUUUUUCAAAAGUAGGCAAUGGAUUGUUCUCGGUAUUCUUUUUUGAAAAAUUCACGUUGUCCAAAGUUGUGCGUGUUUCUUUUUGAAAAUGUUUUAUUGAUAAACAAUAUGACCAAGAAUCAAACAUCUGUAC